AAUUUCAAGGACCCCGAGGCGGUGAGGGCUCUGACGUGUACCCUCCUGAAGGAGGAUUUUGGGCUUACGAUUGACAUCCCCGUGGAAAGGCUUAUUCCUACCGUUCCCCUGAGACUGAACUACAUCCACUGGGUGGAGGAUCUCAUCGGUCACCAGGAUGCUGACAAGCAAGUCCUUAGGCGAGGCAUUGACAUAGGGACAGGAGCAUCUUGUAUAUACCCGUUACUUGGAGCAACUUUGAAUGGCUGGUAUUUUCUGGCAACAGAAGUGGAUGAUAUGUGCUUCAAUUAUGCCAAGAAGAAUGUGGAACAGAAUAACUUGUCUGAUCUCAUAAAAGUGGUUAAAGUACCGCAGAAGACUCUUCUAAUGGAUGCACUGAAAGAAGAAUCUGAAAUCGUUUAUGAUUUCUGCAUGUGCAACCCUCCCUUUUUUGCCAACCAAUUGGAAGCAAAGGGAGUAAAUUCUCGAAAUCCGCGGCGUCCCCCUCCCAGUUCUGUAAACACAGGAGGGAUCACAGAAAUCAUGGCUGAGGGGGGAGAACUUGAAUUUGUCAAAAGAAUUAUUCAUGAUAGUCUACAACUUAAAAAGAGGUUACGAUGGUACAGUUGCAUGUUGGGGAAGAAAUGCAGUUUAGCGCCAUUGAAAGAGGAACUUCGAAUCCAGGGG